AUGCCUGAGAGCUGUGACUGCCACCUCUCUGUUAGUGAGGGAUAUGAACAACUUAGAGCCAUGCUGGUGACCCACAGAAUUACCUUAGACCAGCGGGAAAAAUUCUACUCCUCUACCAGCCCCUAUGACAAUGCCAAUGCUCAGGAGGAAGUAAUUACACAAUAUGGACCUUUGACCCAUGCCCUCAAGAGUGAGGAGCAGGCUAUGCACGAGGAAGAAGCUCUAAAUGACAACCACCCUGGACCCAACCACUUUGAACUGGACCAGACCGGCGGAGACCGCAAGCACAGGAAUGCCACCUAUGCCAAAAGGCGAAAAGCUGUACUAAAGUAUCUGGAAAGGAAGUAUGGUAUGAUUCAGGAUUUUUGUCAAAAACACAAAACCACCCUUCGGUACAUCCUCUGGGGCACCUUAUUAGCUGGUUACCUGGCUAUGGUGAUCGCCGCGUGUGGGCUCAACUUUCACCGAGCCCUUCCUCUCUUCGUGAUCACUGUGGCUGCCAUCUUCUUUGUGGUCUGGGAUCACUUUAUGGCCAAAUAUGAUCAUCGAAUCGAAGAGCUCCUGUCUCCUGGCAGAAGGUUUCUGGACAGCCAUUGGUUCUGGCUGAAGUGGGUGAUUUGGAGCUCUCUGAUCCUGGGAGUUGUUUUCUGGCUGAUCUUUGACACCGCCAAAUUGGGGAAAUGGCAGCUGGUGUCCUUCGGUGGACUCAUAGUGUACGUUAUCCUGCUAUUUCUAUUUUCCAAGCACCCAACCAAAGUACACUGGAGGCCUGUCUUUUGGGGAAUUGGGUUACAGUUUCUUCUUGGGCUCUUAAUACUAAGGACUGGCCCUGGACUUAGGGCUUCUCAGUGGUUGGGCAAACAAGUUCACACCUUCUUGGAGCACACUGACGCUGGUGCUUCCUUUGUCUUUGGCGAGAACUACACAGACCACUACUUGGCAUUUAAGUUCCUGCCAAUGCUGGUUUUCUUCAGCGCCGUCACGUCCAUGCUAUACUACCUCGGACUGAUGCAGUGGAUCAUUAGAAAGAUUGGAUGGCUCAUGCUGGUUACUAUGGGAUCAUCUCCUGUUGAAUCUGUAGUUGCUGCUGGCAAUAUAUUCGUCGGAUAUACGGAGUCUCCACUGCUGGUCCAACCGUAUAUACAACAUGCCACCAGGUCUGAACUCCAUGCAAUCAUGACUGCUGGGUUCGCUACCAUCGCUGGAAAUGUAUUAGGCCCAUACAUUUCUUUUGGGAUUUCACCUGCCCACUUAUUAACUGCUUCAGUUAUGUCAGCGCCUGCGUCAUUGGCUGUGGCUAAACUCUUUUGGCCUGAGACAGAAACACCUAAAACAACCCUGAAGGAUGCCAUGAAAAUGGAAAUGGGUGAUUCAAGGAAUCUCCUAGAAGCUGCAUCAUAUGGAACAUCGUCAUCCAUCUCCCUGGUGGCAAACAUCGCUGUGAAUAUGAUUGCCUUCCUGGCCCUGUUGUCUUUUGUCAAUGCAGCCCUGUCCUGGUUUGGAAACAUGUUUGACUAUCCACAACUGAGUUUUGAGCUAAUAUGUUCCUACAUCUUCAUGCCGUUUUCCUUCAUGAUGGGAGUGGACUGGCAAGACAGUUUUAUGGUUGCCAAACUCAUAGGUUAUAAGACAUUCUUCACUGAAUUUGUGGCCUAUGAGCGCCUCUCAAAAUUGGUGGAUUUAAGGAAAGAGGCUGGACCCAAAUUUGUGGAUGGUGUGCAGCAAUAUAUGUCGAUUCGUUCUGAGACAAUCGCCACUUACGCUCUCUGUGGCUUUGGCAGUGUCAGUUCCCUAGGAUUAGCAAUCAGCACUCUCACAUCCAUGGCUCCUUCCAGGAAGCGUGACAUCGCCGCAGGGGCAGUGAGAGCUCUGAUUGCAGGGACCAUCGCCUGCUUCAUGACCGCCUGCAUCGCAGGCAUCCUCUCCAGCACUCCUGUAGACAUCACCUGCCAUCACAUUUUCGAGAACACCUUUGCCUCUGGCUUAUCUCAAAACACAACUGACGUGGUGUCAUGUUGCCAGAGCCUACUGAGCAGCACUGUUGCCGUGGGUCCCGGGGAGGUCAUCCCAGGAGGGUACCACAGCCUGUCUUCUUUGAAGAACUGCUGUGAAUUGUUGAAGCCAUCAACACUGAACUGCACUUGGAUUCCUGAUUAACUCUGAAUUCAGCCACUUCUCCAACAGAACUCUAAGUACAGAUACUGAACUUUCCGCUUCUGGGAGAAAAAUAAAUGCUAUUGUCCACAGAUUGGUACUUCCAUCAUGGAGUCAGCUUUAACUGGAAAGAAGAAACACAGGAGUGAACCCUUCAGAUCUAGAGCAUCUUACUC